CCUAGGGCAGCCAUUCUUGUCCUUCCUCUAUAUAUAAAAGAUCACAUUGGCGAUUCUCUCUCCUUCAGCUCUGCCGCCUGAACAGGUUAGAGGGUAUUCAGGUCGCUCUUGAAACAUCUAGCAGCCAACCAAAAAUGGUUCUCCAAAACGAUAUCGAUUUGUUGAAUCCUCCAGCAGAGCUUGAGAAGAAGAAGCACAAACUCAAGCGUCUCGUUCAGUCUCCCAAUUCUUUCUUCAUGGAUGUGAAAUGUCAAGGCUGUUUCAACAUUACAACUGUGUUUAGCCACUCUCAAACUGUGGUGGUGUGUGGUAACUGCCAGACUGUUCUUUGCCAGCCUACAGGAGGUAGAGCUAGACUCACCGAGGGAUGCUCUUUCAGGAAAAAGGGGGACUGAUGUGCUAAUACAAUUGGCAAGAGUUUCAAUUGGUCUGAAUAUGGGUCAUCUUUUUGUUUCCUUAUGACAUAUGUAAGUUAAUUCUUGGAGUACGUUAAAGGAUAUGAUUCUAAGCUUGUUUCUUCAUGGUUUUGAUCAACUAUGGAUUUUCUUGUUGCGGAUUUCUUUUUGCUGCAAUGAAUGUUUUGAGUUGCAUUUAA